AAACAUUGCCAGACUCAUGUUACACAGUUCUAGUAUGAGGACAUGAGUACAAUCCUGCUAUCCAGCCUCAGGUCAGUCUCUAAAAGUGUCACAAUUAUAAGGUUAGCAAGAAGCUUCAGGAUGUCUGCCAGUCAAAGAAAACCAUUUGAGCAUCUUCCCUCUACUGUGGUUCCUUCCAACUACACCCUUUACCUUCAUCCGGAUCUAGUGAAGAACUCCUUUAGUGGCAAAGAGACUAUCGAUGUUGAGGUGAAAGAGUCUGUAAAUGCUGUCAAGAUGAACAGUGCUGAGAUUGAAAUUCAAAGUGCCUCCUUCACUUCUGGUGGAAACACAGUUAGUUCAUCAGACAUAAAAACUAACGCUGAAGAUGAGACACUAACUGUGACCUUCCCUGGUUCUUUGCCUCUAGGUUCUGGACAGAUCCACCUCAACUUUACUGGGAUUCUGAAUGAUAAGUUGAGAGGAUUUUAUCGCAGUUGCUAUACAGCUGGCGAUGGAAGUAAGCAUCCCAUUGCUGUCACACAGUUCGAAUCAACAGAUGCUCGCCGUGCCUUCCCCUGCUGGGACGAACCUGCUAUCAAGGCAACAUUUGAUGUAACACUGGUGUCUCCUGUAGCUUCUGUGGCUCUGUCAAACAUGCCUGCAGUUAAAGAGGAAGUACAAGAUAGUAUCAAGAUAACAACCUACGAUCGCACGCCAAUAAUGUCGACCUAUCUGGUUGCCUUUGUAGUCGGAGAGUUUGAUUACGUUGAGGCUCGAGAUAAGAACGAUGUUCUUAUCAGAGUAUACACUCCAGUCGGUAAAAGUGAACAGGGUCAGUUUGCCCUGGAUGUUGCGGUCCAAUGUAUGCCGUUUUACGCAGACUAUUUUGAAAUUAAGUACGAUUUACCCAAAUUGGACAUGAUAGCAGUGCCUACUCUUAGUUUUGGAGCGAUGGAGAACUGGGGUUUGGUGACCUACAGGGAGACUGCGUUACUGGUGGAUCCACUGAACACCUCUUCUGGAACCAAACAGUGGGUUGCCCUGGUAGUUGGUCACGAGUUGGCCCAUCAGUGGUUUGGAAACCUGGUCACCAUGCAAUGGUGGACUCACUUGUGGCUAAACGAAGGUUUUGCUAGCUGGAUCGAGUACCUCUGCGUGGAUCACUGCUUCCCUUCUUGGGACAUUUGGCUCCAAUACGUCAACAUGGAUUUCUCACGUGCACUUGAACUGGACGCUCUAGAUAACUCUCAUCCUAUUGAAGUUCCUGUAGGUCAUCCUGAAGAGGUGGAUGAAAUCUUUGAUGCUAUUUCUUAUUGUAAAGGUAACAGCGUGAUCAGGAUGUUGCACAACUGGUUGGGAGCAGAGAAGUUCAGGAAGGGACUAGCUCUGUACCUGAAACGUCACCAGUACAAGAACGCUCUUACUGAGCAUUUGUGGGCCGCCCUUGAGGAGUCAAGUGGACAACCUGUUAACAAGGUAAUGUCAACAUGGACAGGACAAAUAGGGUACCCCAUGUUGACAGUGGAGGUAGUGGAGACCUCUGACAGUGUCACCCUCAACUUGAAGCAACAGAAGUUCUGCGCUAACGGAGAUAACUCCAGUGACCAGCAGUGGCUGGUGCCAGUUACUGUGGUCACACAGUCACGUGACACGCCACAGACUUAUCUGCUGGACGGACGAGAGGGGCAGAUCGUGUUGGAGGGAGCCAGGCCUGGCGACUGGGUCAAAGUUAAUCCUAAUCAAAUAGGACUGUUCCGGGUUAAGUACAGUGAUGAUCUUCUGAAGAGACUGCUACCAGCUGUUAAGAACCAAGCUCUGUCAUCUGCAGACAGACUGGGGAUACAGCAGGAUUUGUUCGCUCUGGCUAAAGCUGGUUACUCGAGUACCGCGAAUCUACUGACCUUGAUGGGAUCUUACAGUACUGAGAGGAACUACGUUGUUCUCAGUAGUAUCAACACUAACUUAUCUGAUUUGGGAGGUCUAUUCAACCAUCUACCUUGUUAUCAACAGUUCAAAGCGAUGAGGAGACAGAUAUUCUCUAAGAUUCUCACUGAGGUGGGAUGGGAGAACAAGGAAACAGACGGGCACACAGACGCACUGUUACGGAGCAUGCUAAUAGGGACUCUGGGACACAGUGGGGACACUGAAGUUAUUGAAAAGUGUAACGACAUGUUUAAACAGCAUAUCAGUGGAGGAAAACAGAUACCAGCAGAUAUAAGAGGAUCAGUGUACAGCACAGUACGGGCCAAUGGCGGGAAUGACGAAUAUCAGGACUUACUAACCUUGUUUAAUAAAACGGACCUGCACGAAGAAAGGGACAGGAUCCAGAGGGUUCUUGGCUGCGGUCCUGACGCUGAUUUGCGAGCUAAGACACUAGACUUCUCACUAAGCGAUGCUGUACGUUCAAAUGACACUCCCUUCGUUAUUGGCGGCGUUGCUAAGGCUGGGUGGGAAGGAAGAGACCAAACUUGGGCGUUUGUCAAGAACAAAUACCCCAUAUUUUUGGAACGGUAUUCCGGUGGUUUCCUCUUCCAACGUCUGGUUCAGACUACCUGUGCUAGUUUCGUAGACAUGGAAAAGUACAAAGACGUUGAGAAAUUCUUCUCCGAGAACAAAGCACCGUCGGCAGAAAGAGCGAUAAAACAGAGUUUGGAGAGCAUUAAACUGCGCGCCGGGUGGCUGGAGAGAGACGGCGAGGCUGUGGCUCAGUGGUUCAAGGAUCGUGGCUUUUAAGUGGCCGGACUGGCGAACUCUUAUCUUUCAGUUUUUGUCGAAAUUAAUUUGUUAAAUUUGUGAUUGUUUUGAUACAA